AUGGCUUCCUCUGGCUCCAAGGCGACAAAGGGGGAUAUGUUCAUCGAUGAUCUGACACACAUACAGAGCUUCCUGAGCACACAGAAGCGCACCGUGAAGAAAGAAGCGUUCAAAAAGAUGCUAGACAACCAAGUUGGUUCUUGGGUCGCAAGAAUCAACAAUACCAACAUCCAACCAGCAGAAGCUGCAACCAUAGGAGAGUUGCUGGGUGAGGGUCCAUGGUUUGAUGAGCACCAUGAGCUUCUGUCAGAUGCUCUAGCAUCUAAAAUGGCAGGAGCCGCAUCUGGCGACAGUUCCACACAGAGACGACCACUUCAGACCUUGAAUUGCUUCGCUUCCUAUUUGACCGAGAGUGAUUUGAAGCUCUUGUCAGACCCAGAAGUUCACAACGUCAACAAGGUCCAAAAGUUGGUCGCCAAGUGUGUAGCUUUGGGACUUCACUUGCCCAAAGAGACCACCACCAAACAGAUCAUCAAAACAGCUAUCGACUGCGGCAUGAAGGUGGCGCCUGGACCGGAGACGUUGAGGAUUGUGAACGAGUUCAAGCAGCAGUUAAAGAGCAAAGUCAAACACCUGGCAAAGGUGCCUUUGCCAGAGAAGUUUCCUGAUGACCCUGCCAAUCUCCCCAAGGAUGUGUUCAAUAGGGUCUUUGAAGACGAGCAGCCAUCUCCGCCCAGGCAGAACUGUGCAGGAGCAGAAUCGGCAAUAGUGGUCGCCAGAAAGUCACAUGCUUCGGUGAAGAAGGCGUUGCCCUUCCAGGACAACAACCCCAUGGCUGCUAUGAUGAGCCAAAUGAACCAAAUGAUGCAGCCAAACAGUGGUAGCGGUGGAAGUGGUGGAAUCAACCCUAUGAUGUUGAUGUUUGCUGGUAUGCAACAGCUCAUGGGGGGCGGAGAACUUGGAGAAACCUCUAGUGUGCGCAACUUGCAGAUCUUCGGCGGGAAGAAACGGCAAAAGACACUCAGCAAUGUCGCAGACGCAAGCCUGACAGAUCCCAAGGGCUUGCCAGACAAGGCGCAGGUACUUCCAGUGGAAGAUGGGCCGGUUGAAGGGCAAGAGGAAGAAGAUGAAGAAGACGAUACUCAGACUAGUCAGAGCAAGAAGAAAACCAUGUCAGGAGGAAAACAUGAUCGGAAGCCAAUGUUUAAGCUUGAGCUUGGCAGUGGCGUGGACCCGAAGGCCACCAAGGAGCCUUCCGACUAUGCGAAAUUGUUCGCUGCAAGCGUCAAGAGCCGUGAGCGCGCCCGUGCAGUGGUUAAGAGACCUGCAGCAUCCCCAGCAGAAGCAGUUGAAAGUCCUCGCAAGAGCAUGAAAAAGGCGGAAACUGCUGUGAAGAAGCCACCUGCGCCUAAGAAAAAAGCUGACAAGAAGAAAGCUGCUGCUCCCGCAACAGCAGAGCCUGCGCCCAAGGAGCCGGCCGAGCGCGUGAAUCUAGGUCCCAAGCCCCCGCCGCCAGAUCCUUGGACUGGGACAUUCUACUGGGGGAGUGGGAAAGUGCACAAGAACCCCAAGUCCGCAUGCUGGCGGGCAUUCGUGCACAAGACAGACAAAAAUGAUCGAAAGGUGAAGCUUGGAGAUGACCUCACUGCAUCGUUUCACCGUGCCCUUGAAAUCAUCGAGGAGGGCAUGUCCCAGAGGGGUUUGUGA